ACGGCAUAAUCAACAUUCCUAUCAUUGUUGUGAGUAACUAUACCGUUGACUCAACGGACGUUACGGAUCAGCUUUCGAUAGCGUUGGUCAGCAAGUCUGAAUUUGUUGGUUUAGUCGUACUUUGAGGCGAUCAGAGAAUGAGCGUCGAACAAAAACCAUAAGAACACCACAUGAAAAGUUACGGUAUAUACAUCAAUUAUCAAAUAUCAAUUUGCAAAUGCAUACACUUUUCAACAACAGACAUUAGCAAAUUGUAAUGGCACAAAGUCUUUGCAGAAUGGAAGCCUUCUUGCUAGAUUUGAAUCGUAAGAUUCUGGCUAGAACAAAUAAUCAAGAGCUGCUCAUUGAAUUUAGCCAAAUGCAGAAUGAUGAAGAACGAGUAAUAUUUGCUUUGCAAAGAAUGAUAAAGUAUAAAAUGAACCUUAAUUAUGAAUCAUUGCAUAAGAAUUCUGAAAAGUCGAUACAACUAAAAGCACAGGGAAAUAAAUUAUUUAUCGGUGGGUGGGAUUAUAAAGCAGUUGUGAAAUACACUGAAAGCAUAGCGUAUGCAACAAAGUCAUCCGAAGAACUGGCUUUGACUUAUGCAAAUAGAUCUGCAGCACUCUUUAGAAUUGAGAAAUACCAAGACUGCAUAAAUGACAUUGAUAGAGCUUUGAGCUUGGUAUACCCAGAUAAAUUAAAAAUAAAAUUAUAUGAACGUAAAGGACUCUGUCUCACAGCAUUGGGUAAGCCUGAUGCAGAAGCAUCAUUUAAGAAAGCUCUGGAGUGGCUUGACAAAAUGUCUUUGGAUGAAGACAAAACAAAGAAAUUGAAAAUUCAGCUGAACAAAUUUAUUUCGGCCCCGUGCGUAAAUGUUGAAAUACAGGCAGAGUCAGCAAAAUAUGAAUUACCUGAGUUUGAAACUCCGAAUUCAGAAGUCCCAUGCGCUUCAGAUGCAGUUGUAAUAAAAUAUACGCCUGAAUUGGGCAGGCAUGUUGUUGCCACUCGCAAGAUCAGACCAGGAGAAAUUUUAGCAGCAGAAAAACCAUUUGCUAUGUUUCUCAUGCCUGAAAACGUUUACACACACUGUUCCAAGUGUUUGCAAGUUUCUAUGGCCAUGACUCCAUGCAAUUAUUGCGUUAAUGCUAUGUAUUGUUCACAAGCUUGUAAAGAACAGGCCUGGGAGGAGUAUCAUGAAAUUGAGUGCGCCAUUAUUGGGCCUUUACUAAUGUCAGGGUUCAACAUGUUGGGGCUAUUUAGUAUGAGGCUAGCCAUCCUGGCGACUCAGAAAGGAAAAUAUUUGGACAAACUGAAAAAACAACUUGAAGAAAUUGAUAACCAUAAAGAUCCACGCACGAAGGGAUUUUCUGCUGAUGGAAAGUUGCACAGUGAUCAAUAUGGCAGUAUUUAUAGUCUGGUGACUAAUACUCAAAAACGUUCAGCCCAGGAUCUCUUGGAUAGAGCAUUCAAAGCAGCUUAUAUCACAUACAUAUUGAGUCGUGAAAGUAAUAUAUUUGGCGAAAAAUUGAUGCUUGAUUGUGAUGUAUUAGCAAAAAAUGCAGCAGCUACAUUUGUGGGUGGGCUGAUACUAAAGCAUCAGCAAAUAAUUCCCAGCAACGUUCGUGUGUUUUCGGAGCUUCGUGGUGUAGAAGAUUAUGAGAAUGGAGCUGCAGCAAUGCCAUUUUAUAGUCUUUUUAAUCAUAGCUGUGACUCAAGUGUGACGAGGAGCGUGCAGAAAGAUCAUAUAAUUCUCUAUGCUAUGUACCCGAUUGAGAAAGGUGAACAGAUAUAUGACAAUUAUGGAGUUCACUAUGCUCUGUCCGAGAGGAGUAAACGGCAGAAAAAACUACUCGAACAAUUCUACUUCAAGUGCAAUUGCGAACCCUGCACCAACGAUUGGCCUGUUUAUAACAAAAUUCGUAGUUAUCAGGCACAACUGCUCACACAACACGUGAAAAAUAGGCUAAAACAAAUCCUUCGAAACCAUACCAGAUAUAUCGAUCUUGCCUAUGAAAGGAAAACAGAUCAGGACCCUAAUAUGUUGAAUAAUCUAUUGAGGAUGAUUGAGGAAGUUUAUGAGCUUGUGAAGAGACCUUGUGUCGAAUUGAAUAACGUUGUGGAGACAGUUAAGCAUUACUACGCUUUACAAGGGAAAAGAUUUGAUGUACCACUCAAACCGUACGAGAAGUGAUACUGAUAGUAUCAUUGGUAGUGGAUUUUUCUCUCGAUAUUCAGACUACGAUGCUAACUUUUCCGCUAAUCUUUGUGAAAAGAUUCAAAACAUGACAAAACAAAACAAACCGUACAAAUACUAUUAUAUGUUUUCAAGUAGCUAACUAUUAUCGAGAAUCUAAGUUCAUUUUAUCACUAAAAAAUUAUUUUAAGAACUUUAAACACCUUACUGUAAAAUACAAUGAUCAUCGACAAUAGGUUUUAGUAAUCACCUGAUAUACUGAAACUCAAUAAGAUUAAUGUCACACGUCGUAUCAAGAACAACAUUAAGAUGUUAAAGAAGUAAGAUUGUUUUAUACAAAUCUUCUUCUAAGUUCAAUUUUUAUACUCUCAACUAUGUUCCUUCCAUUGAAGCAUAUCCACCAAAAGAGAUACGCUUUAUACUGUUGUUAAAAGUAUUACUUGUUUUUAAAUUUUGUCUUAAUAAAAUCUAACUACAAAUAUA